AGCCCGGCCGCGCCCCGCCGCCGCCAUGGGCUGCCUCGGCAACUCUAAGACCGAGGACCAGCGCAACGAGGAGAAGGCGCAGCGCGAGGCCAACAAAAAGAUCGAGAAGCAGCUACAGAAAGACAAGCAGGUCUACCGGGCCACGCACCGCCUGCUGCUGCUGGGCGCUGGAGAAUCUGGUAAAAGCACCAUUGUGAAGCAAAUGAGGAUCCUGCAUGUUAACGGGUUUAACGGAGAGGGCGGCGAAGAGGACCCGCAGGCUGCAAGGAGCAACAGCGAUGGUAGUGAGAAGGCCACCAAAGUGCAGGACAUCAAAAACAACCUGAAGGAGGCCAUUGAAACCAUCGUGGCUGCCAUGAGCAACCUGGUGCCCCCUGUGGAGCUGGCCAACCCUGAGAACCAGUUCAGAGUGGACUACAUUCUGAGCGUGAUGAACGUGCCGGACUUUGACUUCCCACCUGAAUUCUACGAGCAUGCCAAGGCUCUGUGGGAGGACGAAGGAGUGCGUGCCUGCUACGAGCGCUCCAAUGAGUACCAGCUGAUUGACUGCGCCCAGUACUUCCUGGACAAGAUUGAUGUCAUCAAGCAGGCCGACUAUGUGCCAAGUGACCAGGACCUGCUUCGCUGCCGCGUCCUGACCUCUGGAAUCUUUGAGACCAAGUUCCAGGUGGACAAAGUCAACUUCCACAUGUUCGAUGUGGGCGGCCAGCGCGAUGAGCGCCGCAAGUGGAUCCAGUGCUUCAACGAUGUGACUGCCAUCAUCUUCGUGGUGGCCAGCAGCAGCUACAACAUGGUCAUUCGGGAGGACAACCAGACCAACCGCCUGCAGGAGGCUCUGAACCUCUUCAAGAGCAUCUGGAACAACAGAUGGCUGCGCACCAUCUCUGUGAUCCUGUUCCUCAACAAGCAGGACCUGCUUGCUGAGAAAGUCCUCGCUGGGAAAUCGAAGAUCGAGGACUACUUCCCAGAGUUUGCGCGCUACACUACUCCUGAGGAUGCGACUCCCGAGCCUGGAGAGGAUCCACGCGUGACCCGGGCCAAGUACUUCAUCCGCGAUGAGUUUCUGAGAAUCAGCACUGCUAGUGGAGAUGGGCGCCACUAUUGCUAUCCUCACUUCACCUGCGCUGUGGACACUGAGAACAUCCGCCGUGUGUUCAACGACUGCCGUGACAUCAUCCAGCGCAUGCACCUUCGCCAGUACGAGCUGCUCUAAGAAGGGAACUCCCAAAUUUAACUAAAGCCUUAAGCACAAUUAAUUAAAAGUGAAACGUAAUUCUACAAGCAGUUAAUCACCCACCAUAGGGCAUGGUUAACAACGCAACCUUCCCUUUCCCCCAAGUGAUUUUGCGAAACCCCCUCUUCCCUUCAGCUUGCUUAGAUGUUCCAAAUUUAGUAAGCUUAAGGCGGCCUACAGAAGAAAAAGAAAAAGAAAAAGGCCACAAAAGUUCCCUCUCACUUUCAGUAAAUAAAAUAAAAGCAGCAAACAGAAA